UGAAUGUUUUUUAUUCUUCUUUUAGUACAUAAUUAAAGACUCAAAACUUUACAGCAAGCUGAGAAAAUUUGGUGAGUUUGAUCUGAUGGAGCAUGAAGACGGUCCGAUUCAAGAACGACAUUUUGGAAUAGAGAUGCAGCAAGUUCUGAAGAAAAGAGAGAAAAAAAGGUGGGGAGAAUCUAAAAAGAUGUGGGAAAUUGCAGCUCCUGCUAUGUUAACAGCAAUAACUCAAUUUUCUAUUGGAUUUGUGACUUCUGCAUUUGUUGGACAUUUAGGAGAGGUUGAGCUUGCUGCUGUUUCUGUUGUUCAGAAUGUUAUCGAAGGUUUUGUCUAUGGGGUUAUGCUAGGAUUGGGAAGUGCACUGGAGACAUUAUGUGGCCAAGCUGUUGGUGCUGGACAAUUUAACAUGCUUGGAGUCUAUAUGCAAAGAUCAUGGAUCAUUACCGGAGUCACAGCUUUGUGUUUAGUUCCUUUUUAUAUUUUCGCGUCGCCAUUACUACAGCUUCUUCGUCAAGACAAAGAAAUUUCGAAGGUUGCUGGAAACUACUCGAUAUGGGUAAUUCCUCAAUUGUUUGCUUAUGCAGUAAAUUUCCCAGUUCAGAAGUUUCUCCAAGCACAAAGCAGAGUUUGGGUUAUGACAAUGAUUUCCAUUGUAGCCCUUGCAUUUCAUGUACUUUUGAAUUGGUUGCUUAUCUUAAAGCUCGAGCAUGGCCUACUUGGAGCUGCCAUUGCAGGGAACGUUUCGUGGUUGAUCCUUGUUGUCGCUCAGGUAGUUUACGUGGUUUCAGGAUUUUUCCCGGACUCCUGGAAUGGUUUUUCUUGGUCAGCUUUUAAGUCAUUAGCCGGCUUUGUAAAGUUAUCUCUUGCAUCAGCUAUAAUGUUAUGCUUGGAGUUGUGGUAUUUCACAGUUGUUAUUCUUAUGGUGGGCUGGUUGAAGAAUCCAGAAAUUGCAGUUGAUGCUGUUUCCAUUUGCAUGAACUUGCAGCUAUGGACAUUGAUGAUCGCUCUCGGUUUCAAUGCAGCAGUAAGCGUACGAGUUUCCAAUGAACUCGGAGCAGGCAAUCCAAAAGCAGCAAAAUUCUCUGUAAUUGUGACGGUUCUAACAUCCGCAGUAAUUGGAGUUGUAAGCACAGCUGCAAUUCUGGCAGCACAAAAUGAGUUUCCAAAAGUGUUCACUAGCAAACCAGAAGUGAUGAAGGAAGCGUCAAAGCUCGGUUACUUCUUAGCAGCAACGAUCUUCCUCAACAGCAUCCAACUCGUGCUGCAUGGUGUAGCAGUUGGUGCAGGCUGGCAACUUUCGGUUGCCUUGAUUAAUAUUGCGAGCUACUACGUUUUAGGACUUCCUAUCGGUGCGAUUCUGGGGUACAAGUUCAAGCUUGGAGUUGAGGGCAUAUGGACAGGAUUGUUGGUCGGUGUUGUGAUGCAAAUACUCAUUCUUCUUUACAUCAUGUUCCGAACGAAUUGGAAUAAAGAAGCUGUGCAAGCCGAACAACGAGUUAGAAAUUGGGGCGGUGUAACCGGUGUUGUUCCCGAGUAGGGGUGUAAAUGAACAGAGCCGAAUCAAGUUUUGAAGUGUUUAUGUUCAGCUCGUUUAGCGACAAAGGUGUUCAUGUUCGGUUCAUAUUCGUUCGAGCUUUGAACAAGGUGUUCAUGUUAGGUUUGUUUGGAUUUUAUAGUGUUCAUAUUCACUCGUGUUCGUUCGUUUAUUUGCUAAGCAAACAAGCUCACGAACAAGUUCAAUAAUUAAGUACCAAACGAGCUCAUUCGCAAGCCCGUUCGCGAGCUCAUUCGUUAAACAGCUAAAACAUAUAAAAUUUGUGAGGACAAAACUACAUUUGUUUUUCAUAUCACAAUUACGCAGUUUUGUUAAA